GGUCAUCUCCGUCAUGUUCGUCGGCCACCUCGGCGAGCUCGCUCUCUUCGGCGCCUCCAUGGCCACAUCCUUCGCCGGUGUUACUAGCUUCAGCUUCUUGCGUUGGAUACUAUGUGUGGGCAAGCUUUUGGAGCAAAGCAGUACCAUAUGCUGGGCAUACACAUGCAGAGACACAGGCUCAAUUCUUAGUCUGUUUGGUCAAGAUCCAGAAAUAGCUGCAGAAGUUGGAGCCUAUUCUCGAUGGAUGAUUCCCACCCUUUUCGCGUAUGGCCUCAUACAGUGUCAUAACAGGUUCCUCCAGACACAGAACAUUGUGUUCCCAAUGAUGCUGAUCACAAGUGUUACCGCUCUGUUGGAUCUAACAUUUGUGGAUGUUUCUCCAGAAGAACUAUUUCACAAUGAACGUUCCUUUAUGAAUGAGGUAUCAAAGGCAAGCCCAAUGGAGACUCAAUCAGCUAAGGAAAUACAAACGAAUGGAACUGUAAAACAGAAUGCAAGUUCUUCAACCGAACAACCUUAUUAUCGCCAACUGUUCAAUCUGUUCAAAGCUCACAAAGAUCCUAGACAAAAUCCAAUUGCUUAUUCCUAUAAUAGAUUGAGAAAGACAAGCUACUUCUUCUGUAUUGUGGUAGUAAUUACUGUACUGUUUUGUCCCGUUCUCAAGCCGAUAAUAAUUUUUGAGUGUAGCUAGUAGAAGUAAACAGAUUGU